AUGACGGUGGCACUUGAUUCUUGGGAAAAUAUCAAGACGAAUAAAUGGCUAUUUCAGUCCACAUCGUCUUUCAAAAAAUCAAAAGCAUUGGCAAAUCGCGAUCCGAAACGCGAGGAAACCGAGAACCAUGAAAACAGUUCAAAUCGAAGUCAUCGUCCGCGAACAUUAUCUGAAAGAGGAAAUGCAAUUCUAGACAAACACGAAGCUGCGCUUCUGUUGUAUGCCUGGAAAUGGUCUGAUUUGAAAGAAAAUUAUGAUGAGAAAGGAAUCCAUAACCCUUCAAUUUAUUGCUACGCAAUUUCAUGCGUUCAGCUUUUAUCACAUGUUCCUGCUGUAGUUCGACUAUUACAAGAACAUCGAUGUAACGAUUCUGUAUGUUUGUGCUGCAAUUGGAAACGAUCUGUAUUGCAAAGCAAUGGUAUUGGAUCAAUUUCUUGGUUCCGAGAAGCUUUCAAAAAGAACCGAAAGUUCAAUCAAGGACGCCAAGAAGAUGCGCACGAUGCUCUUCUAGCUAUUCUUGAAAAAAUAGAUAAAAUUAUACCAGAAACUCCUGGUCUUCGGUAUAAGGGCCGCAAGAUUUCCGACGAUUUAUUCGGAUAUUCGAUACGAAAUGAAGUCACCUGUAAGCACUGCAAACAAAAGCAUGUGUAUUACGAAAACAAUACCGUAAUGACGGUUCGAAUGGUGAAAAAGGAUCCAACAGGCCGAAAUGCAACCAUUAAAGACCUCAUGCAGCAAUUGUUUACCAAUUCAACUAUUUAUGGAUACAAUUGCGAAACUUGCAAAAAGAAGUCUGAUGCUCCUGUUAAACCCACAUUAUUACGGGCUCCGCAAAUUUUAGCGUUGCACAUAUCACGCUUUUCAUUUGAUGGUUAUGGACAAAAAAUUUCGCGGCCAAUUAUUUUAAAUGAGACAAUCGAUGUUAGCGAAAUGGCAACAGAACAGACAUCAACCAGUUACAAAUUCUGUGGAGCCGUUGUUCAUAAUGGUAAAUCACUUGACUAUGGCCAUUAUUAUUGCGUUGCUCGACAUCGGCGUCGCGAAUCCGUUUAUGUGGUUUUGAACGAUUCAAGUGUGACGUCAAACGUCAAUAUUCGGGAUGUUUCUCAAGCAUACAUCGCAUUGUAUCGUCGUGCGGAACAUGUUGAAGUUCAAGAGAAAUCCAUGAUGUAA